AUAUUCACCAUGCCAUAUGAUUUAAUAUAAUGAUAUCUUCACAUACCUUCAACAAAGUUGUGUUUGAAUUUCCUGAUAUUAAGGCCACAGCUUUUUGCUUGAAUCUUAAAUCUAGUAUUGCAAUUUUAUCUGGGCCUCAAUCUAUAUCAUUAAUUGAUGUUAACCAACUUACAGCAUCUACCGCGUUAAUAAAACAGUAUCAUUGCCAAGAAAAGUGGGAUAUAAACACUAUUUUAUGUAUGGGAGAUGCAACACUGACAACUUUUGUCAAAACAUGCGAUCACAUUGCCAUCUUAUAUAGAAUAACGGAAGAUUUGCAAUUGAAAGAAAUCGCUCAAAUACAAAGACAUUCCAGGAUUAUCAGCGACGUGGAUAAAUGCGACUUAGAUCCUAAUUUAUUCAUAACAAGUUCCAUGGACAACUAUUGCCAUAUAUGGGAUAUAAGAUGCUUAUCCGGAAAUUUCAAUAAACCCGUCAACACUCUUAAUUCUAUAACUCCCGCUUCUCAAUGUAAAUGGAGCAAACAUGAUUUUAACGUUAUUGCUAGUGCUCAUGAAACCGAUAUACAUAUAUGGGAUAUAAGGAAACCGAAAUGUCCUCUCCAUUUUAUACCGGCACACUCUUCCGCCAUUAAUUCUCUGGAUUGGUACUGCCCAAAUAGUCAUUCUCAAAAUCAAAAUGGUGAUGAUCAGCACUUAUUAGUUUCAGCCGGUCAAGACGCCAAAUUGAAAACAUGGCGACCAGUGGCAAGUUCUUGUUCUUGGACUACGAGUGGCUCUUAUAAUCUAACAGUACCUGCGAGAAAGGCACGAUUUGUGAAUGGAUGGAACAGAGGUCUAAUGACCAUUCCUGUAAACAACUUUUCCCAUUCGAGCUUGAAUGUCAACGCAAAAUUUUCGAACAAUCACUUGAGUCUUUGGGAUCUCGGACAGAACAACAAACCACAUAACGGCGAUGAGAUUGGCAGCAAGGGUUAUCGUCAAAGUUACCCUAAAAAUUCAAGGAAAACUAAAUUUAAACAUUCUCUCCACAAUAAUAAAUUUAAUUGGGAAGAUGAUGACGAUUCUUUCUUUUACCUGAGUUUAGACAAAUACAAUCAUCUUACCUCGCUUUUCAAUUACCCCAUCCCUUCCAUCCAACAGCCUAUACAUCGUUUCGUGGGUUCCCGUGAUUGCAUCAUAGACUUCAAUUUCAGAAUUAUUGAUCGAAAGAUAUCGGCAACUUCUCAAGCAUUGAGAACUAUUAGUGAAGAGAAAAAUGAAGAGAGUGAUUUAAUAUUCGAUUCUUCCCUAGUCACUCACGAGUUAUUAGCUUGGGGCCGGGAUCGAUGCUUAAGAAUAUGGUCUUUGAUGCCUCAAUUAGCCGAAUUUUUUAGUCAAGGCCAAAUUUCUAACGUCGAUAAAUCCGCCGUCACAGUUAAUAGCGACCACCAAUCAUCAGUAGAAGAAGUAUUGGUUAUGGAAAAUCAAUUUCAUCAAAAAAUGAAAAAUAAUACGAAAAAUGUAUACCCUGAGAAUAUACCAUUACUGACUCCGACUCAGCUUUUAUCUAAAGACCGUACAAAAUGGCGUCAGUUCGGGUCGGACUUGAAAGUCAAAUCAGGUGACACUUUUGAACCCGAUGGAUAUGACGCAAAUGAUUUCGACCAAGAAUCAAAUUUUAAUGGCCCCUUUAUCAGUAAAUUUACCGAAGUGCCGUCUAAUGAUAAAACCCUGCAUUAUGGGAAGGAUGUAGAGGAUAGAUAUAGCACGAGAAAUCGAAUCGAUUCUAACUUAUUUCAAAGACCCGAUAAUCGAGUAUCCGAUAAACGGGUUCAAACAUUGGAUGUCAAAAAAUCAAACGAAAUUGAGUCCAUCAAACUUUUAACUAAGACUCAUUCCCUCGAUCAAUCCCUAUUUAUUUUUAGAAUUCUUGCACCUAAUACCGUCGAUUCGGAGACUCGUACGAAUCAACAAAAGAGUCACUGUUCUUUUAAAAUUAAAGUCGUAUUUCCCAAAUUGAAGAAAGUUACGCCAUUGUCGGAGUCCAAUUUCAAAUUGAGAGUACUACCACAAUUUUACAUCGCUCUCGAGGACGAUAUGGAUAUCAAGAAAUUUGACUUACCUAAAAUAUCGCGUGCCCUUAGUUCUCACGCUGAGAAUAGUAUCAGAAGGGGUCUGCCUUGUUUAGCUCCUUGUUUACGAUUAGCCCAUAAAAUACUAUCUAAUCAAUUUACCGACACUAAUUUUAAUUUUUUCCCCUUUAAGGUAGUAGAUAAUAAUAAUAUUAAAGCAGCCAAUCAAUCUCAUAUUCAGCGUGAAUCAAGUCUUCUUAAAAAUGAAGGUUUACAUCUUAAUAAUGAUAGCACAGAGCAGAAUUUCUCUCAUCAGUUUGAUGAAAGGAAUGACAAAAAAGAACACAACAAUGAAAAUAAUUUUGAUUGUUCUUACCAAACGUCGCCAGCUUACGAAGAACGCAAUGACAAAAAGUUCAAUUAUCCUGAUUCUAUACCUUUCCCUAGAACGUGUGGUGCUUCAUUUUCUGGAUCAAAUUUUCUAGUAUGUUUUUUUCGUCACAAUACAUCAUCGACGCUCUCCGUUAGCAAUCCUUCACUAGAUAUUAUCGGUAACGAUAAUAAUAAACUCAUUCCCAGAGCCGUAUCAGUUUGGCAUAGUUUCAAUAAAAACUCAGGCGAAUCCUAUGAUAAUACAUAUGAUAACCAAAAUUUAGAGUCAAAAGACGAAAAAUCCGAUAGAGCUGUAAAUAAUAUGGUUGUUAUUUACCGAUUGGAAGAUUCUCUAGUUUCUAAUUCAACCGAUUCCCUAAAUGUUUCAGAAUAUCUUUCUAUCCUCUUUACAGAUCGUCUCCUCAAUGCAGAUGGGGUUGACGCAUGCAACGCCAAUGAUAGUGUUAUAAUAAAUACAAAAAGGCUCAGUAAUAGUAAUGCCAACAUCCAGACCAACAAAAUGAUUCGAAAAUUUUGGAUGCUUCUAUACCUAAACGCCUUUUACAAAACCCACGAUUAUCAAUCGUUAUUAAUAUUGCUUGAAAAAUGGUUAUUGCCCUACCUUGCCCAAAUCAAGGAUGUUCGAAAUAUGGCGCGUAUGGUCAUAUUUUUGAUAACUCAUGUAUUUAAUACGAAUUAUCAUAAUCAAGAUGAAAACAAAGUUACAAAUAAUCAGACGCCUUGUUAUGGGUUGAUCGAAAAUCAAAACAUUUCUUUUAUUAGGCCUUGCAGUUGGGAAAAUUUAACAAAAGACCAUAUCAUUGUUCAAAAAAAUUAUCCAGUUGAGCUUGAAACAGAUUCAGACAAAAAUGCUGCACCUCAAAGUCAUAACGUGAUACCAUUUGUAUCAAGCUCAAAACCUUUAAUGAUCACGAGUCUAUCCGACACCUUAACCUAUGAUUUACCAGCCAAUAAUAAUUUUCAACCAUUAACACGGCUAAAUAAAAGUUUAUUAAUCCAAUUUUUUGGAUGUAUGGACCUCUAUUCCGAUAUAUUAUAUUCUCAGGGACUCUACGUUCAAAGAGCUUACAUAUAUAAACGAAUUAAUAUUUUUUCUAAGACAUCUUCACUCACAAAUAUUACCGAUUUGUCCUGUAAUUCAAACAUUCAACAUGUCAAUCGUCGCGAGCAAUGUCUUCGUGGGAACCCUAUUUGUUCGAUUUGUAGAUUAUCGGUAAGAGGUUUGGCUAAUUUUUGCCUUAGAUGUAAUCAUGGGGGGCACUUAUCUCAUUUUCAAAAAUGGUUUUCGCGGAAUAAUGAAUGUCCGACUGGAUGUGGGUGCCAAUGCCUUUUUUCUAAAUUAAUAUAAAUAAUGUAAACUAUUUUUUAUUUGUCUGUAUUAAAUAUUAACUCUA